UACACGUAGAAGAAGAAAGCUUUACGGAAGUGUAUACGUCUUCGCAUUUCCGGCAUCCGUCUGAAAAAAAAAAAACGACUCCGCUGAUUUGAAACUUUAAUCCAAACACCGCGGCAGAACAUGUCCAACUGUCGAUAAUGUAUUAAAAAGACUGUCGAUAGCGUUACGACGCUUUAUUAGCCUAUAAAAACUGUAUAACGGUUUAUCGUUUCGACGGGCUGCGCUAAAGCUAGCCGGCGGUUUGUUGGUGUUAGUGAGCAUUAAAGUCAUCUUACUGGCGAGUCAUGGCCACUCGGCGUCUGACAGAUGCGUUCUUGUUAUUGCGGAACAAUGCAAUACAAAGCCGGCAGAUAUUGGCUGAGCAAGUGAGUACAAACGACCCCCGUCUGAGUACACGUAGCAAUGCUGCGUUUGCUGAUGAUCGGAUGGCCCUGGUGUCAGGAAUCAGUCUCGAUCCUGAAGCAGCCAUCGGCGUCACCAAGAAACUGCCUCCUAAAUGGAUCGAGGGCAUCGAUGAGAUCCACUAUGAAAUCUCACGGGUUCGACAGAAGAUGAAGGACCUGGCUCUGCUCCAUGACAAGCACAUGAAUCGUCCCACCUUGGAUGACAGCAGUGAAGAAGAGCACGCCAUAGAAAUCACCACCCAGGAGAUCACACAGAUGUUCCAUCGAUGCCAGAGAGCCGUCACCGGCCUGCAGUCCCGCUGUGGCCACUGCACCGAGCAGGAGGAGAGACUGUUGAGAAACGUGGUCUCGUCUCUGGCACAAAGUCUGCAGGACCUGUCCACCACUUUCAGACACACACAGUCCAGCUACUUAAAACGAAUGAAGAAUCGCGAGGAGCGAUCAAAGCACUUUUUUGACUCAGGGCCGCUAAUGGAAGAAGACGAAGAGCUGGCUGUGUAUGACAAGGGCUUCACAGAUGACCAACUGAUGCUGGUGGAGCAGAACACGGUCAUGGUUGAAGAACGAGAGCGAGAGAUCAGACAAAUAGUUCAGUCCAUCUCAGAUCUGAAUGAGAUUUUCCGGGACUUGGCCAGCAUGGUGGUGGAGCAGGGCACCGUCCUCGACAGAAUCGACUUCAACGUGGAGCAAGCGUGCGUCAAAACAGACGAUGGCCUAAAACAGUUACAAAAGGCCGAGCAGUACCAGAAGAAAAACAGGAAGAUGCUGGUCAUUUUGAUCCUCUUUGUCAUAGUCAUCAUUCUAAUAAUUAUUCUCUUUUCAACCAAGUUUUAAUCUUACUAAUUCCUCUUGCUCGUGGUGUGAGUGUUUGUUGUGGAGUCUGUGGACCUCUGCUCUGACAAAAGCAGACAGCCUUUCCCACCGUAAGUCUGCUUUUUGUUUGUUUGUUUUCAAUCAAAGUAACAAUCGACAGUAUCUUUGAUCCGUGGCUGAUUUCUGACGGGUCCGGUAUGGAGAAACUCCACCUUGGACUAGCUGCCUGUUGUUUAUGCAGUGUGAAGACAGACUAGCUCUUGUUUGCUUCCUGCUGCUUGGUUCCAAUGUGAAAAUGUUUCUUUUGAAGAAACAUGCAAUGGGGGAUUAUGGGUAGUCUUGACACUAUUUUCCUGUGUUGAUCAUACACUACCAAAAUAUUCUUACGGUUGAGCGCCUGUUAAUCAUUGGACAUUGUAAUGGAAUAACACUGCCUGGUAAGUAGCUGUCCCAACAUUCUAGAAUCAGACAUUUAUUUAACAGGUGCUAAGCUUGUCAGAAACGAUUGAACCACACAGUUUAGUUUUUCAAGCGCUCUCCCCUUCUUGAACUGCAAUUUGCACAUACUUGAGGCCUGAGCAAGAGGAGCGUGUCGUGAUACGGACGUACUACUACUGUCAUCUGUGUGAUGAAAAUAUUUAUUUUUUAAAACCGACCAAUGACCAAGACGUUCCGUGUCCUGCAGAAUGAUUGUAUGUUGGGUAAAACUAGUAGCUCCACGUACACCAAGGACUCCCGCAUAUGCAGAUACAUAAAGACUUAUUUUAUUCUGCUCUUAUCUUCACGUGUAAAGACUUGAUGUGCCGAGACCAAGAGCUUUAUUUAACAUAUCUGUUCAUUUAUGCUUCUUUUAUACACCAUCUCUGUCAUUGAUGUGAAGUGUGUGUAAACAAAUGUCCAAGUGGUACUAUUCAUGAGUGAAGGUUUUUUUUUUUUUUUUAAAUAAACAUGGAAUAUGUUGGUCGAGUU